GCAGCAGAAGUGGGGGGACUCUCUUAUUUUCAAAACCUGUGCUCUGAGGCACAAGGCAGAGAGUAUUUCCACCUCCCAGGGGCAGGGUUAAGCAGCAGUGACUGUGGGUGGCAGAUAAUCGCUGGGUUCUGAUUAGAAAUCUUGAGAAAAAUGUUGGUAUCUGCCCAGACUCCAGCCCCAAGUGGCAGAAGGUGCUGGAGGCGGAGGAUAAGGAGGGAGAUGUCGUCUGCUGGCUGAUAAGCAGGCACAGCAGCUACACAGAAAAGAUGGGAGAGGAGGCCAACGAUGACAAGAAGCCAACAACUAAAUUUGAACUCGAGAGAGAAACAGAACUUCGCUUUGAGGUGGAGGCAUCUCAGUCAGUUCAGUUGGAGUUGCUGGCUGGCAUGGCAGAAAUCUUUGGCACAGAGCUGACCCGAAACAAGAAAUUCACCUUUGAUGCUGGUGCCAAGGUGGCUGUUUUCACUUGGCAUGGCUGUUCCCUUCAGCUCAGUGGUCGCACUGAGGUGGCUUAUGUCUCGAAGGACACUCCUAUGUUACUUUAUCUCAACACUCAUACAGCCUUGGAGCAGAUGCGGAGGCAGGCAGAGAAGGAAGAAGAGCGAGGACCUCGGGUGAUGGUAGUGGGCCCCACUGAUGUGGGCAAAUCCACAGUGUGCCGUCUACUGCUCAACUAUGCAGUGCGUUUGGGCCGCCGUCCUACCUACGUGGAGCUAGAUGUGGGUCAGGGCUCUGUAUCCAUCCCUGGUACCAUGGGGGCCCUCUACAUUGAGCGGCCGGCAGAUGUUGAAGAGGGAUUCUCUAUCCAGGCCCCUCUGGUGUAUCAUUUUGGCUCCACCACUCCUGGGACCAACAUCAAGCUUUAUAACAAGAUUACUUCUCGUUUAGCAGACGUGUUCAAUCAAAGGUGUGAAGUGAACCGAAGGGCCUCUGUGAGUGGCUGUGUCAUUAAUACCUGUGGCUGGGUCAAGGGCUCUGGUUACCAGGCCCUGGUGCAUGCAGCCUCAGCCUUUGAGGUGGAUGUGGUUGUGGUUCUGGAUCAAGAACGACUGUACAAUGAGUUGAAAAGGGAUCUGCCUCACUUUGUACGAACCGUGCUGCUCCCUAAAUCAGGGGGUGUGGUUGAGCGCUCCAAGGACUUCAGGCGGGAAUGUCGGGAUGAGCGUAUCCGUGAGUAUUUCUAUGGAUUCCGGGGCUGUUUCUAUCCCCAUGCCUUCAAUGUCAAGUUUUCAGAUGUGAAGAUCUACAAAGUUGGGGCACCCACCAUUCCAGACUCCUGUUUGCCUUUGGGCAUGUCUCAGGAGGACAAUCAGCUCAAGCUAGUACCUGUCACGCCUGGCCGAGAUAUGGUGCACCACCUCCUGAGUGUUAGUACUGCUGAGGGCACAGAGGAGAACCUUUCUGAGACAAGUGUGGCUGGCUUCAUUGUGGUGACCAGUGUGGACCUGGAGCAUCAGGUGUUUACUGUCCUCUCUCCAGCCCCCCGCCCACUGCCUAAAAACUUCCUUCUCAUCAUGGAUAUCCGGUUCAUGGAUCUUAAGUAGAGAUCAGCGGGGAGCCUUGCUGCCUGGGGCAUAGAGAUCUUUAGGCCAUCACCAAAGGCAGAUGGGUGAGGUAUAAGAAUCUAUUGAGGCCAGGCUGAUUAGUAAAUGCACUAACAGAAAGCAUGUAGUUGACCUCUUUAAACCUCCUCUAAUCUUGGGCCAAAAGGAAAACCAUGAGAAUAUAAUUGGUUUCUUAGAUCACCUAAAGUGCCACUUUUAAAGUCCCUCCAGAAUCCUGUUUCUUUCACUGUGCUACUGUGUGGACUGAUUUUUAGGAGGGAUUUUUAAAAUCACUUUUAUAUUCUGUAUAUAGUGUUUGUUACUUAUCUACGAUGAAAGAGAGAAUUAGAAGGACUCCUUCCAAUAAAGUUCAAACUUGGAAAAAAAACAAAUAUUUUAAUAAAUA